CCGAGUCUGGACCAAAAAGGAAGAUUCCUUAGAAUAUCCUUUUAAACGUAACUUCCUCCAAUUGAUAUUUCUUAACCCCAAUCCCAUAAAUACGCUUGUCCUCCUCUUUAUUAAUUCCUUCUCCUCACCUUCCCUUUCCCUCUCUCUCUCUCUCUCUCUCAAUCUUCACUUUCUGUUUUAACUUGCCCUUUCUGUCUCCUCCGUCAACUUUAUCCAAGCAAUUGAAAAAUUAGAAAUCAAAAACCUAAAAUGGAAAGGAAGCUGUGCACUCACAUUUCUCAGAUUGAGCAACAACAACUAAUUGACAAGCUCGACAUCUUUAAGAUCCAUGGAAAAGACAGACAUGGCCGCAAGAUCCUUCGCUUUAUAGGCAAAUCUUUCCCUGCUCGGUUUCUGAAUGUGGAUUUGGUUAAGAGCUACUUGAAAGAGAAGAUCUAUCCUCAGUUGGAGAAGGAGCCGUUUUCAGUGUUAUACGUGCAUACCGGAGUUCAAAGGAGCGAGAAUUUUCCCGGAAUCUCAGCCUUACGAUCUAUCUACGAUGCGAUACCGAUCAACGUCAAGGAUAAUCUCCACGCUGUUUACUUUCUUCAUCCAGGGUUACAAUCCAGGCUUUUCCUUGCCACCUUCGGCCGUUUUCUUUUUAGCGGCGGGUUGUAUGGGAAGCUGAGAUAUAUCAACAGGAUUGAUUAUUUGUGGGACCAUGUAAGGAGAAAUGAAGUUGAAAUUCCAGAAUUUGUUCAUGAUCAUGAUGAGGACUUGGAGUACCGUCCGAUGAUGGAUUAUGGAUUGGAGAGUGAUCAUCCAAGGGUGUACGGUGCAGCGCCCACAAUGGAUUCCCCUGUGUCUAUGUACUCUAUGAGGUGUAUCUCGUGAAUUAAAAAAGACGAAAAAGAUAAAAAGAAAAGGUGCUUGCAUCUUUAUUUUAUGUAUAUAUAGAACUAAGAUUUGGACGAGAGAGCGAUCAGCAAAAU